AGAGCCGAUUUGCGCUUUUCAUAACACUGAAAAAUUCUAAAUGAACAGGCCGGGUUAGCACACUGGUUCUCCAUAUGCACACAUUUUUUCUUGCUGAAACCCCGAAACAGAGGUGUAGUGUAAAUUGUAUCGUCAUCACAGAUCAAAAUGGAUGUAGACGAAGAUGAUUUCGUCUUCUACGGCACGCCAAUCGAGAGAGAAGAUGAUACCUCCACCACUCGCAAGAAAAAAGCCGUCGCCGAAGCUUCUGGUCACUUACGAACCCUAGUUCCUUGGAAACAAGAGGUUCGAGAUGAAGAAGGUCGGAGAAGAUUUCACGGUGCUUUUAGUGGUGGAUUUUCAGCUGGUUAUUAUAAUACAGUUGGAUCGAAAGAAGGAUGGACUCCACAAACAUUUACGUCAUCGAGGAAGAAUAGAGCGGAAAUCAAAAAGCAAAGUAUUCUCAACUUCUUGGAUGAAGACGAGAAGGCUGAUUUAGAUGGUGAUUCCUUGGGAACAUCUAGUCAGUUUGAUACGUUUGGUUCCACAGCCGCUGAACUUGCUCGUAAACAAGCAGAGAAGGAACAACAACAAAGACCAUCAGCUAUACCUGGACCUGCACCUGAUGAAAUAGUGCUUCCAGCCUCAGAUUCUAUUGGUGUAAGCCUACUGCUAAAAAUGGGAUGGAGGCGGGGUCGCUCCAUUAAGGAUUCACGCCCUGGUUCACUGUAUGAUGUUCGACGGGAAGCUAGAAAAGCUUUUAUGGCUUUAUCGUCUGAAGAUGUUCAAGCACCAAUUUCUGGAUCAGAGCUUGUAAAAGGUGACCCUGAAAUGGUGUCAGAGCUACCUACCAGUUCUGACGAUCAGCUUUUUGAUAAAACGCCUGUUUAUGUGCUCAAACCGAAGCAGGAUAUGCAUGGUUUAGGUUUUGAUCCUUUUAAAGAUGCUCCUGAAUUUAGGGAGAGAAAGCGAUCACGCAUGUCCGAAAUCAAGGAAGCUGGACAAGGGAAAUCUUUCUCUACAAAAAACAGUCUUUUUGGCUUCAAAUCAGAAAGAAUUGCUCCUGGCUUCGGUAUUGGAGCACUUGAAGAGCUUGAUGCUGAAGAUGAAGAUGUAUAUGCAUCAGGUUAUGACUUUGGAAAUUCCUAUGUUCAAGAGAUUGGAGAUGCCACCAGGCUAUCCCUCGAAGAUAACAAAAAAAAGGGUAAAAAGGAACAUGGUGUUCUACAUGGUUUCAAAGUUGCAUCUGUCACUGAUUACCAGACGGAAAGAUUCAAUCCCCCAGUGAUUCCCAAAGAUUUUGUACCCAUUCAUGUUUUCUCUGCCCCACUUGAGGAUACCUACAAGCUUGCUGAUUCACCUCCCCCAGAAGUGUCUCCUCCAGGAGAUAAGGAUUUGAAAGUAUUGAUUGAAGGAGUUGCAACAUUGGUUGCUCGUUGCGGAAAAUUAUUUGAGGAUCUUUCCAGAGAGAAGAACCAAUCUAAUCCCUUGUUUUCUUUUCUUAAUGGAGGAGAUGGCCAUCAAUACUAUUUGAGGAAACUCUGGGAGGAGAACCAGAAGCGCAAUGAUCACAGUAAACAGCCGUUUGCUGGGAAGUUGUAUCCGACUGAGCAGAAGAUGACUGCAGAGAGCCGAGGGAAGAUUUUAGGAGAGAAGCCCCUGGAAAAAAGCUCUAGUAACAUAAGCUCACCUGCCAGUUCUGUUGCGACAGUUAAUCUCCAAGUCAAUCUUUCUGAUACAUUCACUAAACCUGUUUCAUUUGCUGAACCCCAAGAAGUUGCGAAACCUUUCCGUGAUGAUCCUCCGAAGCAGACGAGAUUUGAGCAGUAUCUGAAAGAAAAAUAUCGCGGCGGUCUUCGCUCUAAAGAAUCAGGUGGAUCUAGUUACAUGUCAGAAGCAGAUCGUGCACGCGAGAGAUUAGAGUUCGAAGCUGCAGCUGUGGCAAUAGAGAAAGGAAAGUGGGGAAAUGAAAUUACUCCCAGUCAGCAACUUGUGAACUUAUCAGGGACUACAGGACUGCAGUUUACUUCUGCUGGUACAGAGUCUCUGCAGCAAGCUGGUGUUACCAAAGCUGAAGAAGAACUGAUAACAAAGAAACUGUAUCCAAGAAGAGAGGAGUUUCAGUGGCGGCCUGCAUCCCUUCUGUGCAAGCGCUUUGAUUUGAUUGAUCCUUAUGUGGGCAAGCCACCUCUGGCGCCAAGGACAAGGAGUAAGAUGGAUUCUCUCAUUUUCAUGCCAGAUUUACUUAAUGCUGAUAAGCCAGAGGAAGAUGCUAGAGUAGCUCCAUCCCAGUCUGAAAAUGAAUAUAACAACAAAGAAGCAGCCCUCAGAGGGGAUGAGGUUGAAGUAGAAGUUGAAAAUGUGGAGAGACCAGUCGAUCUUUACAAGGCUAUAUUUUCCGAUGAUUCAGAUGAUGAGAAUGAGGAUUCUGGUCUCCACAAAGUUGAGCAUCAACCGAAGAACGCAGAAGCUGCUAAUACGACUCUAAGCCGUUUGAUAGCAGGAGACUUUUUGGAAUCGCUGGGCAAAGAGUUGGGCCUAGAGGUUCCUCCUGAACGUUCACAGUCGGAGCAUAAUUUCAAGGGAAAGGAAGUCACCAAUAUAAGCACUAAAGAUACUAACAGUAGCAUCUUAUCAGUAGAUAGGAAGCUGUUCAUGCCUUCUAGUGCCAGUGCCGAUGGAUCCAAAACUGAGGUUCGUAAAGACAAUUUGUAUCCUUUGGAGGUCAGUCAUGAUGAUGCAUCUCGCGAGGCCAUUGGAAACAGCACACAAGGAAGUGGCAGCCAAAAAAGGGGGAUUGGAUUGUUUGAAAAUGUUUUCGUGAAAAGUAGAGUUGACGUUUCUCAAGAAAGAAAGGAAAGCACUUUCACAGGCCAGCAAGAUCAGAGCAGUGCUUCAUCAGACGAUGAAAGAGGCAGAAGAGGCUCUAAAAGUCGUCGCCGGAAAAGUAGAUAUUCGGAAGGGGAGACGACAGAUUCAUCUGAUGGUUAUGAAGAUCGACAUCGUUCGAGGUCCAGAGGGCGAAAGAAUGAUUCUUCUAGGGAAAAGAGUAGCAGCAGAAAACACUCCAAGCAUCACAAGCAUAAAAGUCGGAGAUCUCCUAGCAGUUCUCGUCACCGGUCCAAAAAACAUCACUCAGAAUCCAAGCGAGAAAAGCGAAAGUGAAAAGACUAAUAAAGAGGCUUUUCUUUUGUCAAGCUUGGACAGCAAAGUUGGAAUAUCCAUUUUACAGUUUUAAUGUAUUUUGAUAUAAUUUACUUCUAUUGUUCUAGCUUGGAAUUCACAUCAGAAAAAAUGUUCCGUCACCCAAGGUAUGCAAAGAUGGCCAUACCCUUGUUUUAUCUAGGCCUUGCUAUGGCACAAUGUUUGCAAGUGGCAAAUCUAUUCUAGAGAAUUCUUCAGGCACUUGGUACGUCCAUGGUCCCUGGAACUUCAUGUGUUUGCCUGUGGUGCUGUUUAACGGUAGCUUCUGAAAAUUUUCUUAUAUUGCAAGCCAAUAUAUUACGAGAAAAGUGCCUAAAUACUUGGUUUUUGAACUUGUGAUGAGGAUAAUGUUGUAUUGAGGUGAGGAAUAAGGAUCUCAACAAUUGUUUCAAAAGUUGGAGUCAUAUAGUAGAAAGUCAUAUGGAUGACACUGCAGGGGUAAUUAUUCGUUAUUCCCUAUUGUGCUAGUGGUAUUAAAUUUUUUACUCUUAAUCAAUAAUCAGCCCCCGGCUAUACCUCUCA